AUGGCUGAACUCCUGAACAGCAUACUCAAUGUGACCAAAGUGUUCCAGAAAUACGCCCAAGAGAAUGGGGACUGUGCCUCACUAUGCAAGAAAGAGUUAAAGCAACUACUCUACGCUGAGUUCGGAGAUAUCCUUCGGAGACCAAAAGACCCACAGACAGUGGAUAACAUUUUGAAUCUCUUAGAUCAAGACAGAAAUGGUCAAGUUGAUUUUCAUGAAUAUCUGCUAUUGGUGUUCCAAUUGGCUGAAGCCUGUCAUCGUAAACUUGGCAAUGAUUCGUGUGAAAAUAAAGGCUGCCAGCAAAAAAGGAGACAGGAAAGAAACCAAGAUCGUCAUUUUCCAGAAAACACAGGCAAACAACACAGUCAACAACAUGAGUGGGAAAGGCAGAACUCCUACCAGAGUCCAUCUGAGAGACAAAAAAAGGAGUCCCACUACAGUCAGUCUGACAGACAGGGCCAGGACUCUCACUGUGAUCAGUCAGAGAAGCAAAACAGAGACUCCUUCCAUGGUCAGCCUGAGGGACAGGACCAGGAGUUCCCCUAUGGUCAGUGUGAGAGCCAAGACAGGGACUUCCAUCAUGGGCAGUCAAGGAGACAAGACAAGAAUUACAGCUUUGAUCAAGGUGAAGACUCUAGCUCAGGUCAAAAAAUGAACCAUAAAUCUAGCCAUGGCCAACAUAAAUUGCAAAGAAAUAUUAAUGCCUCAAAUCAGUGUGAGAAACCAGCUCAAGACUCUCAUGGGCAGUUAAAUCCAGCCAUUUUGGGACAACAAUCCAGCCAUCUUGGAAGCUUCAGACCAAAUUCUAGCUCUUGCCAGAAUCAAUGGGAUUCACGCUCCAGGAGGCUGGGUAAAGAAACAGACAGUUAUCAAAGACACAAGCUAGGAUUAGAUUCUCAACAUGACCAGAGAGACAAUCAGGGUCAGAGUUUACACUACAGUCAGACAGACACACAGAGUACCUGCCACGGUCAGACAGACACACAGACAGAUACACAGGGACACAGUACUCACCACAGUCAGACAGACACACGAGGAUACGGUACCCACCAUGGUCAGACAGACACACGGGGACAGAGUGCCUGCCACGGUCAGACAGACGCAUGGGGACAGAGUGCCCGCCACAGUCAGACAGACACACAGGGACAGAGUGCCCGCCACAGUCAGACAGACACACGGGGACACUGA